AUGGAGAAGUUAAAAUGUUGUGUACAAACAUAUGCAUGGGGUAAAAAAGGUAUGGCAAGUGAAGUGGCCCGACUGUAUGCUAUGGGAAAUCCCGAUGCAAGCAUUGAUGACAGGACUUCAUAUGCUGAGCUGUGGAUGGGUACACAUCCGGAUGGACCAUGUCAGAUCCAACGAUCUCAGAAGAAACUUUCUCAACAUAUUGCGGAAUAUGAAGCCAUCACUCAUCGAAAAGUUUCGCCUGAAAGGCAUCUUCCAUUUAUUAUGAAACUGAUGAGCAUACAGCAUAAUUUAUCUGUGCAAGUUCAUCCAACAAAGGAGCAAGCAGCACGGCUAAAUGACCGUGAUCCAGUUCAUUAUCCCGAUAGGAACCAUAAACCAGAGCUUGCUUAUGCGCUUACUCGGUUUGAACUGUUAUGCGGUUUUCGACCCGCUGAUCAAAUUUGUGCAAAUUUUGAAGCUUUCCCAGAACUGAAACAACUGAUGGGUGAGGAUACAGCGCAAGCAUUCGAAAUACUGGCACAAGCUCGAAUCGAUCAAGAGUGUGAAACACUGAAAUCCGCCCUGGCUGUAUGUUUCAAAAAAUUUAUGAAAUAUGCCAAAGACGCCGCCGAUGAAGUAAAAUUGUUACUCGACUCCGUCCUUACGAAGCUCAUUUGUGGAAUACGUGGAUCCCUUAAUGAAGAGACGGUAGCAGUAAUUCAGAAAAUGUCUCGAGAUUUCCCCGGUGACAUUGGCUGUUUUGUACCGCUGCUCCUAAAUCACAUUAUUUUAUCGCCUGGAGAAUGUUGCUAUUAUGGCGCUCAAGAACUUCAUGCUUACCUUUCCGGAGAAUGUAUAGAAUGUGUUAGUUGUUCGAACAACACAAUUCGAGCAGCAUGUACAUCAAAAUUCAUCGAUAUUGAUACUUUGUGCGAAGUUCUAAACUACCGGAUGACCGAUCCGUCAUAUUAUAUUGUAUCUCCAGCUGUUUUAAAAAAUUUCCCACAUAUUCGUGUUUACGAUCCCGAUUGCGAGGACUUUACACUUCAUGAAAUUAAAGUGCCAUCAUCGCCAUCAUCAGCCACAGCAAAAGCGCCACCAGUAUUCAUUCCAAGCUUAGAAUGCGGUAGUAUUAUGUUAGUGGUGGAGGGUGAAGGCACUAUCGAAAGUUAUUAUGCAAAACGAGAAAGACAAAAAUUCCUAACUGUGAGGCGUGGCGAUGUAAUCUAUAUAGAAUCACGCGCCCAACUAUGCUUCUUGGAGUGCACUCAAGACAUCUUAGCAUAUCGAACGUUUAGCUACGAAGAAGGGCCUGACCAUUUGGUUUACAACAUUGAUAGAACGGCAGUGCCCGAGUCGACUCGUUUCACAGUUCGGAUGAAGGGUCAUAUCAAGCCUUUGUUAAUGGAUGAUGAUGCCGAAGUGUUUGAUAUCGAAAAUGAAAUAGAUGGAAUCUGCUAA